GAUGAAACGAAACGCUCAGUUAGGCCUGCAUACAUGCGUCUAUUUCUUUGCAAAGCACGUUGAGGUGCCAGCUCCAGCCAGGAGUAAGCAUCUACCGCUAAAUAUAUCUGCCUGUAACAGUGUGCAGAUGCAGGUGCAGGACCUUUUACGAGUAACAGACGAAAAACGACGACACAUCUACAUGUUGAUGCACGGUCUUCGCCUUAUACGCCAGAAGGUUAGAAGGGUGGAAGAGUAGCUAUCCUGCACCUAGCAUCUUGGU